AUGCGAUGCCGGUUGGGAUGCAUGCUAUGUCUAGUGACCUCAUUCUCCGUAUACAUUGGUCUGUUUCUGUUUACGUGGACGGAACGGUCGGAGACGAGCUCGUCGUCGAUAGUAGGCCCGCCGCAGGGAAUCGCAUGGGGUUUCCGAAACGUUUACAUUGAUCAAGAGAAAGCAGCGAAACGUGUGAACGAACCGUCGCACGACGACAACAACAACAACAACGAGGCAUCGCAAACGAAGCGUGGCGAUACCGAUACCGGGAAACAUGGAGAUGACAAGUCCCUAGCAGCGGACGAACCACCGCCGAAAUCUUUCGACAAGGACCCAUUCGGUUACGUCACGCUAGAUGGAAGGAAGGCUCUGGACCUCCACUGCUCCCAAUGUGCCUUAAUUUCGGCUUCCGGUCAGCUACUCAACUCUGGUUCCGGUGAAGACAUCGACAAUAUACCCUGCGUUGUACGUAUGAAUCAAGCCCCGACGAAAGGGUUCGAGUCGGAUGUAGGAUCCAAGACAACCAUUCGAUUCACGGCACACUCCUCCUUACCGUCGUUAAUGAGAGAUCCUAUGCUGAUGGAUGACGUCAUUGGAAGGCCGCAGUACAUUAUAUUUUGGGGUCCGCCAAAGGAAAUGGACUCCGGUGGCAGUGGAGUUGUUUAUAAUGAAAUAUCCGCGCUUUCGAUGAAAUAUCCUUAUAUUAAUUUCAUUGUGCUUACUAAUGAUCAGUAUCAAUAUGCAGAGUACGUUUUCCGGGAGGAGACCGGCAAAGACAGAAUCACAUCCGGUUCAUGGUUGACUACUGGUUGGUUUACAAUGAUUCUACUUAGAAAUAUCUGCGAUUCGAUUUCCAUAUAUGGCAUGGUUAGUCCUGGAUAUUGUCAAUCACCCACAAAACCGGAUGUACCGUAUCACUAUUUCAGCCCAAAUGGUUUUAAAGAAUGCGCUCAGUACAGGGAACACGAAAAUGCCAAAGCGCACGGACACCGGUUUAUGUCCGAGAAAUACGUAUUUAUUCGCUGGGCGUUGACUAAAUACAAUAUAACAUUCCACAGUCCCGAAAUACCACUUACGAACUUAAUGGAAUUCAAUAAACCAAAGUUUCUUACUUGA